CACAUGCUCUUCAAUUCUUUUCCUAUUUAAACCUCUCCUUCCCCUUCCCUUUCUUUUCACAAAUUCAUAGCCAUGGAUCUUGCUUUCUUUUCCUUCUUCUCUUCAAUCUUGCUUAUGCUUUCCUACUUAUCAAUCAAUGUUGAGUGUUUUGCUCCUUCUGGAUGGACAAAAGCCACCGCAACAUUUUAUGGUGGCAGUGAUGCCUCCGGAACCAUGGGCGGAGCUUGUGGUUAUGGUAACUUGUACUCGACCGGGUACGGUACUAGAACUGCAGCUCUAAGUACGGCGUUAUUUAAUGACGGAGCAUCGUGCGGGCAAUGCUAUAAGAUCAUAUGCGACUACAAGUCCGACUCUCAAUGGUGCAUCAAAGGUGUUUCGGUCACCAUCACUGCCACAAACUUUUGCCCUCCGAACUAUGCUCUCCCUAAUGAUGACGGCGGUUGGUGCAAUCCGCCGCGCCAGCAUUUUGACAUGGCUCAACCAGCUUGGGAGAAGAUCGGAAUUUACCGUGGGGGCAUCGUGCCCGUCUUGUACCAAAGAGUUCCGUGUAAAAAGCGAGGUGGUGUGAAAUUCACCGUAAACGGACGCGAUUACUUCGAAUUAGUACUCAUAAGCAAUGUCGGAGGAAGUGGUUCGAUCGCGUCGAUGUCGAUCAAAGGGUCGAAAACUGAUUGGAUGACUAUGUCCAGAAAUUGGGGUGCAAAUUGGCAAUCAAAUGCUUACUUGAAUGGCCAAUCACUUUCUUUCAAAGUAACAACCACUGAUAGUCAAGUACUUGUGUUCAACGACGUAGUUCCAUCAAAUUGGGGGUUUGGACAAACAUUUUCAAGCACUUUACAGUUCUCAUAAUUGAGUUAUAAUUUUCAUUAAUUAUAUUUAAUGAAAAUUAAAAAAAAAUCAUUAAACAAGAUUGCUUUAGAUGGCAGAGGCUUGCUUACUAAAUUGGUUGAGCUGCCCGCCAGACCAUUUUAAGUCUUUUUAAGUGAUUUGUGAUAAGUUUGUUUUUAGUCUAAGAUGGUUUGUAAAUCUUGUUGAGGAGAUGAAUAUUAUUAUUGUUGUUGACUUUUAUUUAAGAAAUAAAAAAGU